GGCGCGGGCGCUCGACGGCGGGGACGAGGCGGGAGAGCGCGGGGGUGCUGCUGCGCCGCCGCCCCGCCGCCACGAUGGCAGGCCCGUGAGGCUCCGCGGAGGGUCGCAUCGCCGGAGUAGGCGCCGCCGCCGCCGGAGCAGCCGCGGCGGUGGCGGUGGCGGUGCCGGCCGAGGAUGGGCCGGCCCGCGGGACGCCCCGAGCGCCUGUGCCGGGGGCUGCUGGCGCUGCUGCUGGCGCUGGGCCGCCUGGCGCCGCCGCUGCUGGCCAAGAGCCUGGAGCCGGUCUCCUGGAGCGCCGCCAACACCAAGUUCGUGUCCGGCACAGGGCUGGUGAUUUACCCAGAAAUUGGGGACAAGCUGGAUAUCAUCUGUCCGAAGGCGGAUCCAUCCAAACCGUAUGAAUAUUACAAACUGUACCUAGUAAAGCGGGACCAAGCGGAGUUCUGCAGCACCAUCAUGGACCCAAAUGUGUUGGUGACCUGCAACAGGCCCGAGCUGGAAAUCCGUUUUACCAUCAAAUUCCAGGAGUUCAGCCCCAACUACAUGGGCUUGGAGUUCAAAAGAUACCAGGAUUACUUUAUCACAUCCACGUCCAACGGGUCCCUCGAGGGCUUGGAGAACAGAGAAGGCGGAGUGUGCCAAACACGCUCCAUGAAGAUCAUCAUGAAAGUGGGACAGGAUCCCAAUGCGGUGAUGCCAGAGCAGCUGACCACAAGCCAGCCCACCAAGGAUUCAGGCAGUGCGGGGAACGUCGCCACGCAAAGCCCCCAUCACAGAUUCCCCCCUGUGGUGGAGGUCCCAGGGAAGCCAGACCCUGUUAACCAAGAUGGCCAGGAUACCCAAAGACCUACCGACGGAUUCUUCAGCUCCAAGGUGGCCGUGUUUGCUGCGAUCGGGGCUGGCUGUGUCAUUUUCAUCCUCAUCCUCAUCUUCCUCAUCGUCCUUCUCAUCAAGAUCCGAAAACGGCACCGGAAGCACACGCAGCAGCGGGCGGCAGCCCUGUCACUCAGCACCCUGGCCAGCCCCAAGAGCAGCGGCAACGCCGGCUCCGAGCCCAGCGACAUCAUCAUCCCUUUGCGGACUACGGAGAACAACUACUGCCCUCAUUACGAGAAAGUCAGCGGAGACUACGGGCACCCGGUCUACAUUGUCCAGGAGAUGCCCCCGCAGAGCCCGGCGAACAUUUAUUACAAGGUUUGAGGACAAACCUUGCCGCCCCACUGCGAAGCCCUCCGGGUGCCAGGGGAGAAGAGGAGGAGGGCCUGCCUGCCCCCUCGAGCACUUCCCUCCCUCGAUUAGCAUUUAGCCUUGUAGUUUGAAGCUUUUCAGACCCAGGAUUUGAGGGGGUGUGCGUGGGGUGUGUGUGUGCUCUCGUCCCACCUUCUGCUCCCAGCCUGCUUUGUGGCCCUCACUUGGGCUCUGUGCCUUUCUCGCUCUUGAACCCACCCGGGAAACCCCAAGUUGGCCACCGCCACGUUUUGGGGGCAGAUUUUCUGGCUCCUUGUUGCCAUUUUGUUCGGGGGGGAGGGGGGGCAUUGUUGGGAGGGAAGCCACACCCAGCCUGGCACUCCAAAGGAGGGAGGGCAUGCUAGUCCCUGCGGGGCAGAGCUUGGGGACGUGCUGAGAAAGGAGUCUACCUAGCCCCAUGUUUUAUAUAUAUAUACACACACACAUAUAUAUAUAUAAUUCUAAAGUAUUUUUUGUAACUUUUUAAAAAAUGGCGACAAGAUUGGACUUGUGAGCUGCCUCCUGCAGUUUCCCAGCACAAGCUCAUCCGCAGUCCUUCCCUGUCCCUCCGUCCGGCCUCGGGCCUCAUCCACUCAUCAUCCCACUGGACACUCACCUCCUCAUGCUCCGUGUCUGCUGUGAGAAAGGCGCACCUUUCUUCGUUUUGGUUUCUUUUUGCUAAUUUAUGAAGCAAUUU